UUUGAUUUUAGCCACUGAAUCGUUGAGUGCGCCCAGCGACUGUUAAUAAAAGGAUUUGUUAUUAAUAUAUAAAUUUAGUAUUUACUAAUACAGGUAUGCAGUAAUUUCUAUAACAAUUAAAGUGAAAAAAACACCACAGUUAUUGUUAUAGCAAUAAGUCAUAUGCCGCAUUUGUUAAAAAAAAGUGAUGAAAUUUUUUGAAACAUAAAAACGCACAAUAUUUGUAUUAAAUGGUUAUUAAAGCUCGACCUUGACGAAAAUGUGAAUAUUUUGAGCUUCCUUAUCAAUUUCAUAUGUUACGGUUGCCAUUUGUAUUGAGCAUAAUUGCAAGCGUGUUGUUGCACAGCCACGCCAGCCCGCAACAACCAAAUGCUGACUUGGAUAAGACUAUUAAGGAUAUUUUUUCACAAAAUCCCGCUAUACCUGUACAAAGCACCGGCACAGGUUUCGGCCGGGUUGUUACGCCCGAACCAGUUGAUGGUUCACAACCGCAAAUAGAAUUCAAUUCGAUAAGUGGCAAGGCACCAUGUAACUGCGUACCUUAUCACAUGUGUGAUCCAACCACGGGCAGUGAAACUACACCAGUUGAGGAUGGCGAAUUUGAUGGUUUCGGUUUGAUCGACUUGCGCUUCGGCGCCGACGAUCCUGUGUGUGAACACUUCCUGGAUGUAUGUUGCGGCAGUCAAAAUCAGCAUCGCGGUAGUCUCACACCAAAACCGCAGGAAGAACGUCCUAAUCGGUCUAAAGGAUGUGGCAUACGCAACGUGGGUGGUAUUGACUUCAAUAUUACUGGAGCUGUCGACAAUGAGGCUGGUUUUGGUGAAUUUCCUUGGACGGUGGCCUUGCUGCAUGCCAAUAAUUACAGUUACUUCUGCAGUGGUUCACUCAUACAUCCUCAAGUUGUACUCACGGCAGUACAUUGUGUAGUUGGUCGAAAGGAAUCAGGCAUUCUCGUACGUGCUGGUGAGUGGGACUCACAAACAACCAAAGAACGUCUGCCCUAUCAGGAACGCAACGUGCAACGGAUCAUUACACAUCCUAAUUAUAAUUAUCGCAAUGUUGCCAAUAAUUUUGCAUUGGUUGUACUUACUCAAGCAGUUGUAUUGGCCGAUCACAUUAAUGUGGUAUGUUUACCCGGCCAAAACGCCGCGCCACUAGCCAACGUCCAAUGUUUCGCCAAUGGCUGGGGUAAAGAUGUCUUCGGUGAAGCUGGACGUUUUAGCGCUAUAAUGAAACGGGUACCACUACCCAUUGUAGAUUUCGGCAGUUGCCAAACACGUCUCCGCGGUACACGUUUGGGGCCGAAAUUCGUUUUGAAUCGCUCGUUCAUUUGUGCUGGCGGUGAGCGCGGUAUUGACACAUGUCAAGGUGAUGGUGGUGCUCCGCUUGUGUGUCCGAUUGGUUUGUCAGCGGAGAAUCGUUACGAACAGGAUGGUAUUGUGUCUUGGGGUAUUGGCUGUAAUGAUGAUGUGCCCGCUGUGUACGCUAGCGUGUCGACGGCGCGAGACUGGAUUGACCAGCAAAUGCUCUCUUUGGGCUAUGGUACAACAUCAUAUUCUGUACUUUAAACAUGAACUUUCAAAUAAAACUGAGAUAUCUGAGAUUAAAGAAUUUUCUAAAAUAA